AUGAUUCAUGCCGGCGUUAAAUAUGUUGUGGCUAUCAUCGCAAUUAUCAUCUUCACCUGUUUGGCAGUGAGUCUGGACGUUAACGUCUGCGGCCCAAUCUUUUCAAUUCGCUGUCGGAAUAUCAACGACAGCUAUAUACAAAUGACUGGUUUGAUAGCCACAGCUCUGAUCCUAUUCGGUGUUGCCGCUAUUUUAUCAAUCCUGGCAUUGAUGAAGAGUUUGAGAUGGAUUGUGAUUCUUGAGAUGUUAGUUAUUUUGGCUGGAGCUAUUCUUAUGUUCACGGCUCUCCUGAUCCUCUAUCGAAAUACCUUCUACUGGGCGUCGCUUAUGGGCGGAGUGGCAAUGUCACUUGCGUUUGAAACUGCCGCCUUCUUGCUGAUUGAAAUGAUGACUUAA